AUUCUAAAUUCAAAGCCUAUACAUUCAGCUACUCAGGACACCAAGACAUCAUCUCCGUUGACGUGGCCUGUUCUUCCCGUUUGCAACAGCGGCGAGACCGGACGAUCUAUCUUCCGGAGGGGCUGAUACCAAAAACUUACCUUCAUACGAGGGGCAAAGCCUUUGCAAAGCAACAAUUGCGCACCAUGGCGAACGAAUCUACGGGUAGGGCUCAUACUGAGUCCCAAAUCUAUCACUCUACCAGAGGUGGUGACUAUGGCCUCUCGUUCGAGACGGUGGUCCUGAAGGGCCUCGCCGCGGAUGGUGGUCUCUUCCUGCCUCACGAAAUCCCCACUGCAGUGGACUGGCGGAGUUGGAGCGACCUUUCCUACACGGACCUGGCCUUCCAGAUUUUCAGCCUUUACAUUUCACGCAGCGAGAUCCCAGCGGAUGACCUGAAAGGCAUCAUUGAUCGGAGCUACUCGACAUUCCGUGCAAAGGAUGUUGCGCCGUUGGUUCAUCUAAAGGACAACAGCUUGUAUCUCCUGGAGCUAUUCCACGGUCCCAGCUACUCCUUCAAAGACUGCGCCUUGCAAUUCCUAGGAAAUCUCUUCGAGUAUUUUCUCACGCGGAAAAACCACGGGAAAGAAGGCAAAGGUGCGUUUAACAAGCAAUGUAUAUGGCUGGAUUAUGGCAAGGCUAUGGGACCUAACCAGCUAGCAGAUAGACAUCAUCUGACUGUGGUUGGUGCGACGAGCGGUGAUACUGGAUCUGCAGCGAUUUACGGUCUCAGAGGCAAGAAAGAUGUAUCCAUAUUCAUACUGCACCCGAAGGGCCGUGUCAGUCCCAUACAAGAGGCGCAAAUGACAACCUGCUUAGACGCAAACGUCUAUAAUCUUGCCGUGACAGGGACCUUUGAUGAUUGUCAGGACAUCGUCAAGGCCUUGUUCGGCGACUCUGAUACGAACAACGUGUUGAAACUCGGUGCGGUCAACUCGAUUAACUUUGCGAGAAUCCUCGCCCAAAUCGUCUAUUAUUUCUAUUCGUACUUCUCUCUUGUGAGAACUUCCAAUACUUUCAAGCUCGGCGACAAAGUGCGCUUUGUGGUUCCGACUGGAAACUUUGGAGAUAUACUGGCAGGUUAUUUUGCGUACCGUAUGGGUCUUCCUGUUGACAAGCUCGUUAUUGCAACCAACGAGAAUGAUAUUCUCGAUCGAUUCUGGAAGACGGGUCGGUAUGAGAAGAAGCCGGCUAAAGGCCAGGAGGCAGAGGGUGGACUCGAUGUAGACGGAGCGAAGGCUCACGAAGGUGGCGUGCGGGAAACACUCAGUCCAGCGAUGGACAUACUGGUCUCCAGCAACUUUGAGCGACUUCUCUGGUUCUUGGCACACGAAUUCGCCAGCACCAGAAGCACAGAUGACGAGGCCAGCAAUAAACAGGCAGAUCAGCAAGUCAGUACUUGGCUUAGCGACCUGAAAGUAAAGGGCGGUUUUGGCCCCGUCCACAAGGACAUUCUCGACAGCGCACACAGGUCAUUUGACAGUGAAAGAGUCAGUGACCCGCAGACUCUCGAGACAAUCAAGAACAUCUAUGACCAGAUUGGGUAUAUCCUGGACCCGCAUUCUGCCGUCGGCGUCACGGCUGCCCUUCGAUCCCUGCAGCGCGCUGGCCCAAAUAUUCCGCAUAUUUCUCUUUCAACAGCCCAUCCGGCUAAGUUCGCCGGUGCCGUCGAGCUGGCUCUCAAGGAUAAGGAGGGAUUUAACUUCGAAAAGGAGGUGUUGCCGGAAGAAUUCAUCGGCCUUGACAAGAAGGAAAAGCGCGUUAUUGCCGUCGAAAACGAUUGGCAGGCAGUGAGAGAGCUGGUCAAAGAGCAAGUUGAGAAGGAAAUACAGCUCUAAAACAAACAAACACCAUAUUCGGGCGAAUACGUGUUCUGCUUGCCAGUUUCUGUUGAUAUUGUGACUUGAGUCUUCGGGCCUAGUGAACUUAAAAAAGGUCGGUGG